AGGGGGCAACAUGGCGCUUGGCAGAAUCGGCGGUUUCGUCCGAAUACUGCUUAAUGAUGUUCCCUCAAAAGGAUUAUAUCGUGGCCUCAUACAAUCGGACUGUAUGGCAUGCAGAGUAGGAGCAAAAAGGCAUCUGCUGUCAGAGGAUGUUGUCAAGCUACAAGAAUUUCAGCAGCGGAAACUGGCAGUGGCUCAUCAAGUGUCCGGAUCAAAAAGUCAUUAUUUUGAGGUAUUUAAUCAGAAGCUGAAGAAGAAACAGCUAAUAUUGAAGGAUGAGUUAAAGCUGCUUCUACACCUUUGCCAAUCUGCAGAGGACAUGGUCACAGCCAGAGGUGCCAUCUACAGGUACCAUGAGGAGAACAGUAAUGUAGCAUUUGGAGAGUUUAAGUUUGGUCCUCUCUUCAUGAGGCUGUGCUAUGAACUGGGGCUGGAGGAUAUGGCUGCUGCCACACUGACAGACAAGGAUUUGAGAGGAUUCUUCUCUGACUCGACCUCCUUCAAUAUUGCCAUAGACAUGUUGUUUAUGAAAGGAUUAUAUGAGAGUGCUCUGGAUGUACUGCGAGACAUGAAGAACCAAGGUGUGCCAUUCACCAAGGACACAUUCACAUUAGCAACUGGGACCUGCUAUAAACUGAACACCCCAGAGUCCUAUAGAAUCUGUGCUGCCCUGAUGGAGGAGGGACAGACCAAAGGACACAUGAUGCCCAGGCACGCCUACUGCUUCACUGUGGCGCUAGCACUUAGACAGAAUGAUGUUGAAAAAGCACAAUCCAUGUUUGGUCAGAUUAUGAGCACUGACAGCAGAAUAUGCCAAAAUCUCAAAGUUCUGAUACUGGCUAUGGCAGGAGCUGUGAAAGAAUCCCUCUUCGUCCUGACCCUAGCCUUGGGCUCUAGCAGCUCUGUCUUUAUCAAGAAGCCUGAAUUUGCACAGGAAGUGGUGGACCUGGUGCGUUUGCGGAGCGAAGACAGUCCUUUGAUGGCGAGUGUGGAGGAGGCAGUGUCCCGCCUCCAACAUGCGGGUCAGGUGACCCAACGGAGCCUGGACGAGAUGUUGUGUCACACUCCCACAGGGAAGAGGAGGAUGCCCAAAGGAAUGAUGGAGGAGAGACUGAUCAGCCGGAGGACUCUGAGGCCCCUGCAGUCCACUCUGCUCUCAGAGUGAGAAGGAGGACUAGGUGUAUCUCUCAGCAUGUUUGAGGGGAUUAGUUUGAGCAAGGCGAGGUGCCGAAUCUGCAAUCUUGACCCUAUAAUAAGUAGUUAUUUGGGAUGCAAGGUGAUUUUUAGAUCAGUGAUUCUGUGCAGUCCGACUGCAAUUGAGUCAUCUUAAAAACGCAUGCUGUGUUUCAUCCUAAACUCAGCUUUAACUUAAACUUUAGCUGUCCGAGUCAUGGCCGUCUCACACCACCCAAAAAGGACUGAACAGAGAUGGUCUCUGAGCUGUGCUCUCUCUUUCUCAACCCAGACCUGGACCUUAGUUAGACUGUACUGUGAAAUUGACCUUUCCUCUCAACCAGAGACCCCUCUGUAUCCCUCCUUCUUGGUAUUUUUGGUAUAUCCUAAAUUAUGCUGUAGGAUGGAACAGAUAUGCUUGUAAGUUCAAUGGCUGGAGAGAUCCUUCAGAGCCUUUCAGAAAGAACAAACUCAUGACUGCUGACUGUGGAAAGGCUCCCUUGAAUUCAAGGGAUGCUCACCUCACAUCAAUGCAACACUAUAACAUCAGCCAUUGACAGCAAUGUGUGGAAAGAAGAAUGUAAGGGUAUGGUGAGACAAAUGUAUACACACCUCUAAUUAUGUAUGAUCAAAGUGUAUUAAAUAUUUAAUUAUAUAAAAACA